AUUCGCUUCUUUUCCUCGCCCUUUCGUUCUUGACAGUUCAUUGUUCAUACUGUCGUUGGCUAGCCCACUUCUCCCCGCUAUAUUUGAGAGCGCUAGUUCCGCUCAGAUACGUUUUCAGACACCAGUCCAUCGUUCCCAGUUCCACCUCAAUUUGAAAACAGAGCACCCCUUCAAUAUGAAGACCACCGUUCAAUUUUUGGCCCUCGCCGCCGGCGUGACGGCAACAUUUAACCUGGCUCCUCCCUUCACCUGCCCGGCCAAUAUUGACAACAAGUGUACCGAUCUGCAGAAGGGCGGAUUCAGUUGGGACGACCUCGAUUUCGGCGACUUCUUCAGCUACCGUGAUUUCAGCUUCAGCGGUUGGAAGUGUGAGGAUGACGGUGACAGGGUCGGCGGCCGGUUUGCUCCCCGCACCUUCAGGAAGGUCAUUGGUGGCACAUGCCAUUCGGACAAGAAGAAGUCGCCAUCCUUCGGCUGUGGCGCUGCCGUCGACAAGUUCUCUCUGGGCUCCAUCGUCGUCAAGCCCGAGUUCGACUGCGAUCUCGAGUUCCACUACGACAUGCCUGAUGGCUCGACCUGCAAGCACCGGAGCUUCUGCCGCAAGUCUGGUACCACUGUGGUCAACCGCCAGUGCGGCGGUGCCAAGAACGUCACCAUCGUCUACCCUCCCCAGCCCAACAAGCCCAAGCCCAGCUGCAGCAUCAAGGUGCCCACCAUCUCCUUCGACUGCAGCACUGCUUCCAGCACGAAGCCCCCCAAGACCAAGACCAGCAAGCCUGCCACUACCGCUACGCCUCCCGUCACGACUACUAGCACUGAGGUGAAGGAGUCGUCGACCAUCAGCUCUGUCAAGCCUAGCAGCAACCCCCCCGCCGUGACCAGCACCACCUCUGUCAGCCCGGGAGGUAGCAGCUCCGAGGUCUCCAGCGCCACCAUCACCAUUGGAAGCAGCAGCAGCAGCAGCUCCGUUAGCGAAGUCAGCAGCAUAACUGUGUCUUCUUUGGAUAGCAGCAGCAGCAUUGUCUCCGAGGGCACCACCACUACUGCCUCGGUGGCGCCGAGCCAGGAGACCAGCGCCAGCCCCAGCACCAGCGUGGUGGUCCCCAGCGGCAGCGGCAGCGGCAGCAGCAGCAUCGAGGUUCCUGCUACCAGCUCUCCCGUCACCAAGACGAUCACGACCAGCUACGUCAGCACCUCGACCAUCUUCACGACCAGCACCUCGACUAUCACGUCGUGCGCGCCUACUGUUACCAACUGCCCGGCCAGCUCGGUGGUCACUACGGUCGUCACCAUUGCCGUUUCCACCACCGUUUGUCCGGUCACCGAGACUCUAACCACCGUCGAGAGCAGCUCUGUUCCCAGCUCGGCUGUUGUUGUUCCCAGCUCGGCAGUCACCGUUGCUCCCGGGGCCUCGACCACGUCUACCCAGGUCGCUGGCGGCUCCAGCAGUGUUGUCAGCUCCGCCAAGCCUAUCGAGACCCUCCCCUGCCCUAGCGUCGUCCCGUCUUGCCUGAACACUUUCCUGUUCACCGUCGGCUGCGCCGACAACACCGACGCCGAGUGCUACUGCCCGGAUGCCACCUUCGUCAAGAACAUUUACGACUGCCUGUACGCCCACGGUGAGACCGACGCCAUCAUUGCCGAGGCUGUCGCCUACUUCCAGGGCAUCUGCGGCAAGUGGGUCAAUGAGAACCCUGCCAUCGCGACCGAUGCCACGGUCACUACCUACAUCAGCGUCACCGCCGCGCCUACUGUUGCGCCCGUCUACACCACCGUCACCGUGGACGUGACCACCGUGGUGCCCUGCACCGACGAAGCCGGCGAGGUCAUCCCGAGCUCCAGCACCACCGCCACCGUCAGCACCACCUUGACGGUGCCCCAGGUCGGCUUCACCACCGGCUCGUCCGGCAGCGUCGACGUCAUCCCCGUCACCGCCGCUCCCAUCGUCACUGGCACCACCCCGGGCGGCAGCGGCCCCGGCGGCGUCAUCACCACGUCCAGCGGUACCGCCGUCGCCGUUCCCACCGGCACCGGCUCGCUGCGUCCCAGCACCACCACCACCGGCAGGCCGGUCGUCACGGCCGCCGGUGGCCGCGUCGACGCCAGCUUCGGUCUGGCCGCCGCUGUGGCCUUGGUCGCUGCCUUUGCGCUCUAAGACGAGCCCGGUGUCUCUUUUCCAUGUCCAAAAGAUG